GCUUUAGAUAACACAGGUUUCACAAUGGGCUCCAUCAGUGCAGCAAAUGCGGAAUUUUGUUUUGAUGUAUUCAAAGAGCUGAGGGUUCACCACACCAGUGACAACAUCUUUUAUUGCCCCCUGAGCAUGAUGGCAGCCUUGGCCAUGGUCUAUCUGGGAGCAAGAGGUAACACUGAGUAUCAGAUGGAGAAGGUUCUUCAUUUUGACAAAAUUGCGGGACUUGGAAGCAUCCAGACCAAGUGUGGCAAGUCUGUGAAUAUUCACCUUCUGUUUAAAGAAAUUCUCUCUGAUAUCACUGCACCAAAAGCCAAUUAUUCACUCCACAUUGCCAACAGACUCUAUGCUGAAAAGACAAGUGCAAUCCUACCGAUCUAUGUAAAAUGUGUGAAGAAACUGUACAGGGCUGGUCUGGAAACGGUCAACUUCAAAACAGCAUCAAAUCAAGCCAGACAGCGCAUUAAUUCCUGGGUGAAAAAUCAGACAAAUGGCCGUAUCCAAGAGUUCCUUGAACCAGGCUCUGUCGAUCUCCACACUGUGCUGGUCCUUGUGAAUGCCAUUUACUUCAAAGGGAUCUGGAGGAGUGCGUUUAAAGAAGAAGACACUCGGGAAGUGCCCUUCAGUGUGACAGAGCAAGACAGCAGACCUGUGCAAAUGAUGUUUCAGAACAGUACCUUCAAAGUGGGAAGAGUUGCUGCAGACAAAAUUAAGGUCCUGGAGCUUCCAUAUACCAGUGAAGAGCUGAGCCUGUUGGUGCUGUUGCCUGAUGACAUCUCUGGCCUGGAACAGCUCGAGAACAAAAUCAACUUUGAUAAACUCACAGAGUGGACCAGUUCCAGUGUGAUGGAGGAGAAGAGGGUGAAAGUGUACCUCCCACGCAUGAAGAUUGAGGAAAAAUAUAACCUCACAUCUGUCCUAACAGCCCUGGGUAUGACUGACUUGUUCAGCCCCUCGGCCAAUCUCUCUGGCAUCUCUUCAGCAGAGAACCUGAAGAUAUCUGAGGCCAUCCACGAGGCGUACAUGGAAGUCACUGAGGAGGGCACUGAGGCGACUGGCCCAGCUGUUGUGACAGAAGAUAUUCAAGAUUCCUCUGAGUCUGAAGAGUUUAGAGCUGACCACCCAUUCCUUUUCUUGAUCAGACACAAUCCAAGCAACAUGAUCCUUUUCUUUGGUAGAUAUUGUUCACCCUAAAGAAAGAAAGAGUCUGAAACAG